AUGCCUGUUCUCAAAAAAUUAUCUUUAGCCUUCCUUCGUCGUACGGAAAAGGUGGUUGUAAAAAGUCUCAGAGAAGAAUUAAGGCAAUCGAAAAUAGAGUUGGAAGAGAUGAAACAUAAUGCCAUAAAAAUUCAAGAAAGAAACAGAGAGUUGAUAGAUGAGAGAUCCAAGUUGCAAAAGGACAUACUGGAACUCGUGAAAAAGGAACAAUGGGAAAAGAGAAAUCAAGUUUUGGUUGAAUUGGAGUUGAAUAAAGAAAGAGAACAGUGGAAAAAAGAAAAAGAGCAGUGGGAAAAAGAGAAGCAAAAGUUGAUCGAAGAGAAAGAGCAGUGGGAAAAAGAGAAGCAAAAGUUGAUCGAAGAGAAAGAGCAGUGGGAAAAAGAGAAGCAAAAAUUGAUCGGAGAAAAAGAGCAGGGGGGAAAAGAGAAGCAAAAAUUUGUUGAAUUUUCAUUUAGAGGUG